UCUGUCAGUUCCGGCUGUUUGUUCGGGAAGUGGAUCCGCCGCUGCCGGAGCAGCCCGGAGGGAGCUGCGGAUCGCGAGGCCAGCACCGACCCCGCCCGCCCGCGCGCGCCUCCCCCGCCCGCCAUGGCCCGGGACUACGACCACCUCUUCAAGCUGCUCAUCAUCGGCGACAGCGGUGUGGGCAAGAGCAGUUUACUCUUACGAUUUGCAGACAACACUUUCUCAGGCAGUUACAUCACCACGAUUGGCGUGGAUUUCAAGAUUCGGACCGUAGAGAUCAACGGGGAGAAAGUGAAGCUGCAGAUCUGGGACACGGCUGGGCAGGAGCGCUUCCGCACCAUCACCUCCACGUAUUAUCGGGGGACCCACGGGGUCAUUGUGGUUUAUGACGUCACCAGUGCUGAAUCGUUCGUCAACGUCAAGCGGUGGCUUCACGAAAUCAACCAGAACUGUGAUGACGUGUGCCGGAUACUAGUGGGGAAUAAGAAUGACGACCCUGAACGAAAGGUGGUGGAGACAGAAGAUGCCUACAAAUUCGCCGGGCAAAUGGGAAUCCAGUUGUUUGAGACCAGUGCUAAAGAGAAUGUCAAUGUGGAAGAGAUGUUCAACUGCAUCACAGAGCUGGUCCUCCGAGCAAAGAAAGACAACUUAGCAAAACAGCAGCAGCAGCAACAGAACGAUGUGGUGAAGCUCACAAAGAACAGUAAACGAAAGAAACGCUGCUGCUAAUGCCCCCAGCCCACUGCAGAGACUGCACUGUGGCCACUCCCCCGGCCCCAGGCCGCGGGGCUCCUCUCCUGGGGGACAGUCUCAGUUUUGUGCCGUUAUUUAAAGAAUUCUCUCCACGUUUUGUACCGGGAGGCGCCAUUGGCACUUCCUCCCCUCCCCCUUCGAGUGCCAAGAAGGUGGACAGCCUGCCCUUCCCUUCUGGUGCCCCUGCCCCCCGGCCGAGGUGCCUGGGCCCAGCGAGGACGCUGCCAGCCGAGCGGACUGAUUAACCGGAGUUUGUACAUAAUGUAUAUUGCUUUAACCAGCGUAUCACCCUCGUCCUGCUCUGGCUUUUGCCUCCUCCUUAAUGCCAGCCUGCUGCGACACCCCUCCCCACCCCAUCUUACUGCCAGCAGCUUCCUGAGGAGACAGGAUCGCAUUCUUGAUGCACCUUUUGCCAACUUGGGCUGGUGGAGUGGGCUCCGUGUGACUCAUUCUCUCUGCAGGCUGUCGGCAUCUGUCCCUGGCAUGUAGGGGCUCACCCCUGGCUGGGUCCUGUGCCAUCCCAGCUCCAUCCCCUCCCCAUCACCAUUCUGGCAGCUGGGGAAACCUGGCCUUGAGGUGGGCCAGGGGGUUCCCAUCAGGAGUCACUCCUGCCUGCUGGCCCACAGACUUCUUGCCCUGCCUUUUAAACGCCUCUGAGCUACAAACCCAGGGAGCCACGGCUUCUAACUUAUAUACCAACCUGUUUCAGUUCCAGUAGAAAGGCAGAGGUGUGUUCGUGCAGGGAUGGUCUUGCAGUGGGGCUAGGAGCAUUAUUUUAUCAGAUAAAGAAAAAAAUGAAGCCAAAUCAAAUGAAUUAAGUUCCUCACUUUUUUUUUUUCUUCCUGAGGUUUGGUUGGCACAGCAAGCAGAAAGUUGUGGCCUCCCCACUUUGGGUCCAGUGUUUUUAGAAAAAGUGAAUGGCUGCCGGUCGUUGUGGACCUGGGCUCUUGGCCAAGCAGCUCUGCCUUCCUGGACGUUAAGGAGGGGCCUCCCACUGAGUCCUGGUCUCCAGUGCAGCACCAGGCACCUUUGAGUGUGGAGAGUGAGUGCCAGGGGCCGCUGGGCCCUGGGGACGAUGUCUCUGAGGUGGACACAGGCAGCCUUGGAUCACUGACUGGACUGUUUUAGUAGAAAGGCAGCAGGAGGACUUCUUAGCUGGUGGGAAGGAAUGGCCGCCAGGGCUGGGAGCCAGCUUUGACCCACCCUGGUGCCCUGGAGGAAAAACUAGGGUCAUCUUGAUGACUGUCACCUUCACCCCCUCAGGACCACACUUCAUUCACCUUUCCCCUAAAAGGAUCACGUAACUUGGGAAUAAUUUAUUCCAACACCAUGAUGUGUUUUACUAGAUUUCCUUUCUUAGUCAAUUUCCAGGCUGAGCCCUGAUUGGACAAUCACAUCAUGGAUCUCACUGUAGAUUUUCCAUGUCAUUGUUGAUGGGUUUUUAAUCAAUAAAAACUAGGGGUUUCUUCUCACCUGUCUUUCCACUCCCCAAACUGCCAAAAGCCGUGGUUCUGUGUGACAGGCCUUCACUUUGGAGCCACAGGAAGAGGUGGAGGAGCUCUGGGCCUGGGAAGACGGUGCUGUGGGAGCGACAGCAGGCAGCCCCAUCUGGCUGGGGGGCUGGGAGUCUCCAUCCUCAGGACUAUCCUGGUGACCACAGGUCCUGUGGGUGGUGUGGAGAGCUUGGGGCUCGUGGGUGAGCUGCAACUAGACUGUGAGCAUUUCAGGUGACACCAGUGUGGCAGUGCUUGCAAAUUCAAGCAAUAAGAGGAGGGGGUCCUGGAAGCUUCUAGCAACCAGACAUCCAGACCCAGAUGGUGGGCUGAUUUGGUGACAACAGUGUGCCUGUCCCACUGAGUGUCACACGCAUGAAGGGGGGGCGGUGGUGGGGGGGAACGACUCAAGGCUGGACCAGCAUCCUGGUGGAUCUGAUGUGAAAUUCCUGUCGAACAACAAAACUUUUAAAUGGUUUGGUAGGAUUAUUUCUGUAUUGAAAGUUUCUAAUUAUGCUUUUUAAAAAAAAAUACUAAAAAUAAAGGUUCAAGCUGCCAAA